AUGGGCAGUGCCCGUGAGGAGCCGCCCGGGGCCGCACUUAGGUGCACCAACAUCUUAAACAGCAGUGGCGAACUCCGAGGCUUUCGGCCUCGGGACCGGGACGACAUGGUGAGGAAGAUCAUUGAGCCGAUGGCUUGUGAUGGCCUCCGCACCAUCUGCAUCGCCUACCGGGACUUCUCUGCAGGCCAGGAGCCCGACUGGGACAACGAGAACGAGGUCGUGGGUGACCUCACCUGCAUAGCUGUCGUGGGCAUUGAGGACCCCGUGCGGCCCGAGGUCCCUGAAGCUAUCCGAAAAUGCCAGCGUGCUGGCAUCACAGUCCGCAUGGUGACUGGGGACAACAUCAACACGGCCCGGGCCAUCGCAGCCAAAUGUGGCAUCAUCCAGCCCGGGGAGGACUUCCUGUGCCUGGAAGGGAAGGAGUUCAACCGGCGGAUCCGCAACGAGAAGGGCGAGAUAGAACAGGAGCGGCUGGACAAGGUGUGGCCCAAGCUGAGGGUGCUGGCCCGGUCGUCUCCCACCGACAAGCACACGCUGGUCAAAGGGAUUAUCGACAGCACCACUGGCGAGCAGCGGCAGGUGGUGGCUGUGACAGGGGAUGGCACCAACGAUGGGCCGGCCCUCAAGAAGGCGGACGUGGGCUUUGCCAUGGGCAUCGCAGGGACUGACGUGGCCAAGGAGGCCUCCGACAUCAUCCUGACCGAUGACAACUUCACCAGCAUCGUCAAGGCCGUCAUGUGGGGCCGUAACGUCUAUGACAGCAUCUCCAAGUUCCUGCAGUUUCAACUGACGGUCAAUGUGGUGGCCGUGAUCGUGGCCUUCACAGGCGCCUGCAUUACUCAGGACUCUCCUCUCAAAGCCGUGCAGAUGUUAUGGGUGAACUUGAUCAUGGACACGUUUGCCUCUCUGGCCCUGGCGACAGAGCCACCCACGGAGUCGCUGCUGCUGCGGAAGCCGUACGGCCGUGACAAGCCCCUCAUCUCCCGCACCAUGAUGAAGAACAUUCUGGGCCAUGCCGUGUACCAGCUCGCCAUCAUCUUCACCCUGCUGUUUGUCGGGGAGCUCUUCUUUGACAUCGACAGCGGGAGGAACGCGCCGUUGCACUCGCCACCCUCAGAGCACUACACCAUCAUCUUCAACACCUUCGUCAUGAUGCAGCUCUUCAACGAGAUCAAUGCCCGCAAGAUCCAUGGCGAGAGGAACGUGUUCGACGGCAUCUUCAGCAAUCCCAUCUUCUGCACCAUCGUUUUGGGCACUUUCGGGAUUCAGAUUGUCAUUGUCCAGUUCGGCGGGAAGCCCUUCAGCUGCUCCCCACUAUCCACGGAACAGUGGCUCUGGUGCCUGUUUGUUGGUGUUGGGGAGCUGGUCUGGGGACAGGUCAUUGCCACCAUCCCCACCAGUCAGCUCAAGUGCCUGAAGGAAGCUGGGCAUGGGCCCGGGAAGGACGAGAUGACCGACGAGGAGCUGGCCGAAGGCGAGGAAGAGAUCGACCACGCCGAGCGGGAGCUCCGCAGGGGCCAGAUCCUCUGGUUCCGGGGCCUGAACCGGAUUCAGACGCAGAUGGAGGUAGUGAGUACCUUCAAGAGAAGCGGUUCAGUUCAGGGUGCUGUGCGCCGGCGGUCUUCGGUCCUCAGCCAGCUUCAUGACAUCCGGGUGGUGAAAGCGUUCCGUAGCUCGCUCUAUGAAGGCCUGGAGAAACCAGAAUCCAAGACCUCCAUUCACAACUUCAUGGCCACGCCCGAGUUUCUGAUCAAUGACUACACCCACAACAUCCCUCUCAUCGACGACACGGACGUGGACGAGAACGAGGAGCGCCUCCGGGCCCCCCAGCCCCCGUCCCCCAACCGGAACAACAACGCCAUAGACAGCGGCAUCUACCUGACCACGCAUGUCACCAAGUCAGCUACCUCUUCAGUGUUUUCCUCCAGUCCCGGGAGCCCGCUCCACAGCGUGGAGACAUCCCUCUAA